AUGGCCGAUUCCACUGUUGCCCGCCCUCCUCCCAGCGCCAUUUCCAGGCCGCUCAGCGAGUCACUUCUCAACGAGAAGUGGGAUCGCUGCCUCUCCAACCUCCUCGUCAAGUCGUCUCUCGGUCUCGGUUUCGGUGUCGUUUUCUCUGUCCUUCUAUUCAAGCGAAGAGCAUGGCCCGCCUUUGUCGGUGUUGGCUUCGGUGCCGGCCGUGCCUACGAGGAGUGCAACUUUAGCCUGAAGCAGGCUGCGCGAGACUUGAAGAAGCAGUCCGCUUAA